UGAAGGCUGUCCUCGCCCGGAGGAGACCCAGCCCAAGCUGUGAGCGUUUUCAUUUUCCAUUCCGGUCACUGUGGAUGGCAUCCCAGAUCCUCCUGGAGCUCCAGUCCUCCAACGGCAGCCUGCAGGCCCCUCCCAACGCCUCCUCCUGCGACGGUGCCUCCGAGGCCUGGGCCCUGCUGCACAGGGUGCUGCCCGCCUUCCUCCUUGCCAUCUGCUCCCUGGGCCUCCUGGGGAACCUUCUCGUCCUGUCCGUCCUCCUCCUGCCGCGCCGGCGACUGAAUGCAGCGGAAAUCUACCUGGCCAACCUGGCGGCUUCCGACCUGGUGUUCGUCUUGGGCCUGCCCUUCUGGGCGGAGAACAUCUGGAACAAGUUUCACUGGCCCUUCAGCGCCCUCCUCUGCCGCGUGGUCAGCGGGGUCAUCAAGGCCCACCUGUUCAUCAGCAUCUUCCUGGUGGUGGCCAUCAGCCAGGACCGAUACCAGGUGCUGGUGCACCCCAUGGCCAGCCGGAGGCGGCGGCGACGCCGGCAGGCCCAGGCCACCUGUGCGAUCAUCUGGGUGCUGGGGGGCCUCCUGAGCACCCCCACGUUCCUGCUGCGGUCCGUGGAGGCCGUCCCUGAGCUGAACGUCUCGGCCUGCAUCCUGCUGCUGCCCCACCAGGCCUGGCACGUGGCCAGGAUGGUGGAGCUGACCGUGCUGGGCUUCCUGCUCCCCCUGGCCGCCAUCCUCUUCUUCAACAUGCACAUCCUGGCCUCCCUGCGAACGCGGGAGGCCGUCGGCAGGGCCCGGUGUGGGGGCCCCAGCGACGGCAAGACCACGGCGCUGAUCCUGGCGCUCGUGGGGGCCUUCCUGGUGUGCUGGGCGCCCUACCACCUCUUUGCCUUCCUGGAGUUCCUGUUCCGGGUGGGGGCCGUCCGGGGCUGCUCCUGGGAGGAGCCCAUCGACCUGGGCCUGCAGCUGGCCAACUCCCUGGCCUUCGCCAACAGCUGCCUGAACCCCGUGAUCUACGUCUUCGUGGGCCGGCUCUUCAGGACCAAGCUCUGGGAGCUUUACAAACGAUGCGCCCCCCGGAGCCUCACGGCGCUGUCCUCCACCCACAGGAAAGACUGCGGCCCGCUGUCCGGGCGGAGCUGAAGCAGCAGAGAAAGGAGAAUCCUGGCCUCCGUUUCAAUCCUUCCAUCCCCAUAAAGACUACGGUGGUGGUCAGAUGACCAUCUACCAAAUAAUGACCCCCCAAGACAUCCGGAGCCCUUUCUAGACCCUGGGGAGGUUAGUUGACAGGGUAACAGGGACUUUGUAGGUGUCAUUAAGAUGAGGAUCUCCCGGUGGGGAGACGGUCCUGGAUUAUCCACGUGGCCCAACAUAGUCACAAGGGUCCUCAGAGUCAGAGGAGA